AUGAGUGACAAAAGUAGUGAAGACCGAGAGGACGAGUUCUUCAAUAAAUUAAUCGGCGGACGAAAGGGUGCCCUCAAGAAGAGGAAUGUAUUUGUAGUCCAAGAGCACAAAUUCAUCGCCAGAUUCCUAAAACAGCCCACGUUUUGCAGUCACUGUCGGGAUUUCAUAUGGGGUGUCGGCAAACAGGGAUUUCAAUGUCAAAUCUGUUCACUAGUUGUCCACAAAAGAUGUCACGAAUUUGUAGCCUUUCGAUGUCCCGGAGCUGACAAAGUGAAUGACACGGACCCCAGAACUAUACAUCAGUUCAGUGUACACACGUAUACUUCGCCCACAUUUUGUGACCACUGCGGGUCUCUUUUAUAUGGCAUAUUUCAUCAGGGAUUGCAAUGUAAAGCCUGUAAUAUGAAUAUACAUAAGAAGUGCAAAGAAAAUGUACCCAAUCUUUGCGGAUGCGAUGCCGUCGAAAAGAGGGGAAGAAUUGAACUUAAAAUAUAUUCACAAUAUAGUGAACACAACAAAGUGAGGCUGAUUUGCGAAGUAAAAGGGGCCAAAAACCUGUGCAAAAUGGAUCCAAACGGGUUGAGUGAUCCCUACUGUAAAGUAAAACUAUUUCCCGAUAAUAAGGAAUCGUCUUAUAAGAGGAAAACCAAGACAAUCAAAGCAUGUCUUAACCCCCAAUGGAAUGAAACUUUGAUUUUUGAUCUUAAAAACGAAGACAAAGACAGAAGACUUCUGAUUGAG